CUACAGACCCACGAAAUGAGACUGUGAAAUGAGACUGUGGCAUUCGCCGUCCUCCCUUCGCCUCCCUUUGUCGAUUGGCAGGGCUGCAUUUGGAUGCAGACACGGAUUUGAGGGGACACUUGCAAGGGAAAGACCCAAGAGGAACCAUCUCAGAGCUUGCAGGGUGUGAGUUGGCAAAACCAAGCACUAACUGAAUCCCGCGACUUUUAAAACCAUGGCCGAGACCUCAGCUGGCCUCAUCCCUUGAAGGCGCAUCGGCCCGACAUGGAGACAGCUUCGUGCCCAGCCGACAAGCAGAAGUGAGAUGACGGAGGAACACAGGGAAAUUCAUGUUUCUUGUAAAGAGGAAGGAUGGAAACCUCCUACUUUAGCGAGGGGCCACUCGGCGAGAGCUGCUCUGUGAUGAAUAGUGCAGAUAGAGGAGGGGGUGGACCUCUGCCAUCUAUAUAAAGCGAACCCGCGACGCCGGCAGUCUUGGAGCUGUGAAGUCCAGGCGGGGGCCAGCCUGAGGAUGAAGAAUCUCCUCUUUGCCGUGCUCUUGGCUUGUGGGCUGCUGCCAGCUCGCGGCAGUGUUUUGGAGCUGGAGCGGAUGAUCAAGUCGACGACAGGGAACAGCGCCCUGCUCUCCUACAGCUGGUAUGGGUGUUUCUGUGGCAUCGGUGGCAGAGGGACCCCGGUGGACUCCACUGACCAGUGCUGCCAUGCCCAUGACUGCUGCUACAGGAAGCUGCGAGAGGGCAAGUGCAGACCCCUGAUAACCCCGUACCACUUUGAUGUCGCCGACGGAGACAUCGUCUGCAGUAACGAGCAGAGCUGGUGCAAGAGAGAGACCUGCCUAUGCGACAAGGCGGUGGCUUCAUGCUUCGCAAGCACUUUGCAUUCCUACAAUAAAUCCUACCGCUUCUAUUUCAAGCUGAAAUGCCGAGGAAGUAAGCUCCAGUGCUGAGGAGGGGAAAUCUGCACGCAAGGUCACAGAUUUUGACUGGCUUUCCCAAUGGCUGUGGCAGGAAAAGCCUGAUGCGGGGGCUGAGCAUAGCCGGAGCCAGCAAGGCUCCCUGCAAGGUGAUGCGCAGGGUGAGGGAGGGCGCGCACACAUUACGGGUGGAGAUCCCCCAGCAGAAAGACACGUCAGCUUCCAUUUUUUUGUCCCUUCCUCCUCUCUUUUCUCUUUUGAUUUCAUUUCCCACCAAAGAUAAUGAAAUAAAAGUUAUUC